AUGAACGAAAAUCUAUUCGCCUCUUUCAUUACCCCUACAUUAAUAGGCUUUCCUAUUGUCCUUUUUAUUAUUAUAUUUCCCAAUUUACUCUUCCCUUCCCCUACUCGAUUAGUAAAUAACCGUCUAGUAUCAUUUCAACAAUGACUAAUCCAACUUGUAUUAAAACAAAUAAUGACAAUUCAUAACCCAAAAGGACGUACCUGAUCCCUAAUACUAAUCUCAUUAAUUAUAUUUAUUGGCUCUACUAAUCUUCUAGGAUUAUUACCCCACUCUUUUACACCAACUACUCAGCUAUCAAUAAAUUUAGGAAUAGCUAUUCCUCUAUGAGCAGGAGCAGUAAUUACCGGAUUUCGUUAUAAAACCAAAGCAUCAUUAGCCCACUUUCUCCCACAAGGAACUCCAAUUUUACUUAUUCCUAUACUUAUUAUUAUCGAAACAAUCAGCCUUUUCAUUCAACCCAUAGCAUUAGCCGUGCGACUAACAGCUAAUAUCACAGCCGGCCAUCUUCUCAUGCAUUUAAUUGGAGGGGCAACUCUUGUAUUAACAUCUAUUAGCCCUCCUACAGCUAUUCUAACUUUUACUAUUCUUGUAUUACUAACAAUGCUUGAAUUUGCAGUUGCAUUAAUUCAAGCUUACGUUUUCACUCUCCUAGUAAGCUUAUAUUUACAUGAUAAUACUUAA